AUGGCUCAAGUGGUGGCGACUCGGUUGAUUCACGGUGCAUUUGCUGCGAAUACUGGUUCUCGAUCUCUCCAGAGCCGGGCUGAGAGACUGCGGCCGACUUCUGGCUUCGAGGCGAAGGUUUUUGCACAAACCGAGAAGAGGAGCAGCCGCGGAGCUGUGCACGUCAGCGCGCCGAUCACGGCGAGGAGAUCUAGCGGUGUUGAGCCGCAUGUGAUUCCAGUUUCUCCUGAAGACGUGCCAAAGGCAGAAGAACAAAACCAAUAUUUACAGGGGAUUCCACAAAUUGGUGAGACAUCAGUGGGUAUGUGGUCUAAGCCUACCGUCAGGCGCAAGACAAAGAUUGUUUGCACGAUAGGCCCCUCAACCAACACCAGGGAAAUGAUAUGGAAGUUGGCAGAGGCUGGAAUGAAUGUUGCUCGUCUUAAUAUGUCCCAUGGAGACCAUGCAUCUCACCAAAAAGUAAUUGACUUGGUUAAGGAAUAUAAUGCCCAAGCAAAAGACAAUGUUAUUGCCAUCAUGCUUGACACUAAGGGUCCUGAAGUUAGGAGUGGCGAUUUACCUCAACCCAUUACAUUGACUACUGGUCAGGAAUUUACUUUCACAAUCCGAAGAGGAGUUGGCACAGCAGACUGUGUCAGUGUGAACUAUGAUGAUUUUGUCAAUGAUGUAGAAGUGGGAGACAUGCUACUUGUUGAUGGUGGUAUGAUGUCAUUAAUGGUAAAAUCAAAGACGGAAGAUUCUGUGAAAUGUGAAGUUGUUGAUGGGGGAGAGCUUAAAUCCCGACGGCAUCUUAAUGUUCGCGGAAAAAGUGCAACACUGCCUUCCAUAACUGAAAAGGACUGGGACGACAUCAAAUUUGGAGUGGAUAACAAAGUUGACUUCUAUGCUGUUUCUUUUGUCAAGGAUGCAGCUGUGGUCCACGAACUGAAGAAUUAUCUGAAAGAUGCUGGUGCAGAUAUUCAUGUCAUUGUAAAAAUUGAAAGUGCAGAUUCCAUACCAAAUCUGCAUUCAAUUAUAACUGCAUCUGAUGGGGCUAUGGUUGCGAGAGGGGAUCUUGGAGCCGAGUUGCCAAUUGAAGAGGUUCCUUUGUUGCAGGAAGAAAUUAUCACGAUAUGUCGUAGUAUGGGGAAGGCAGUCAUAGUGGCAACAAAUAUGCUUGAAAGCAUGAUUGUGCAUCCUACUCCUACCCGGGCAGAGGUAUCAGAUAUUGCUAUUGCUGUUAGAGAAGGAGCAGAUGCUGUUAUGCUUUCUGGAGAAACUGCUCAUGGGAAGUUCCCACUGAAAGCAGUCAAGGUCAUGCACACAGUGUCUUUGAGGACUGAAGCUACAAUAGUUGGUGCCCAAACUCCAGCAAAUCUGGGCCAAACCUUCAAGAAUCAUAUGAGCGAAAUGUUUGCCUUCCAUGCAACAAUGAUGUCUAACACCCUUGGAACUUCUAUCGUUGUCUUCACUAGAACUGGCUUCAUGGCCAUUCUACUGAGCCAUUUUCGACCAUCUGGCACAAUUUUUGCUUUCACAAAUGAGAAGAGAGUACAGCAGAGAUUGGCCUUGUACCAAGGUGUUUGUCCCAUACACAUGGAGUUCUCUGCGGAUGCUGAGGAAACAUUUUCCAAUGCGCUGGCUUUGUUACAGAAGCAAGGAAUGGUGAAAGAAGGCGAGCAGGUUGCACUUGUUCAAAGUGGUAGACAACCUAUCUGGCGGUUCCAAUCCACCCAUAAUAUUCAGGUGAGGAAAGUAUAGAUGCGAAAGGGAAUUGGAAUCUAUACCAUGGCAUUGCAUUGAUAGUCGAUGCAUAGAUUGGAAAAGAGUGUGGUGAUCCCCUCACUUUACAUUGAUUGAUGCGUCUUGGAUGAUUCAGUUUUUGAGGGCAUGUACUGUGCGUGCCGUAACCAUAAGUUAUUUACUUCAGCUGAGUCCAUUUCUUUUAUAUUUUGUACCUUUCCCCCAUCCUUUUGAACUUCUAUUGGAUGCCACUGUGUUCUUUGAACUUGUAACGGUUUGUUGGUUGAAUGUAACUUAAGAGCGGUAGGGUUGCUCAGUUUGUCUCCUGUCCGCUUCCUUUGAGCACUGUAACUUCUAUUCUUAAUCGUAAAUGUAAAACUUAUUUUAUGGAAUAUUUGUUCAAUUAAAAGAUGCCCUCCCCUCUUUUA